UUCACAUCCUGUUCCCUUUCUUUAUUUUCCUUUUUUCUCUUUUUCGUGGAUUAAUUAUCUAGAUAUAUACUCUAGGUAAUAUUUUAUAUCUCACAAUCAACACCGCAUUUUAAAAGUAUCUUCGAAAAUAUUUCAUAAUAAUACCAAAGAGUACAAAAUAGCAUGCCAAAUCAAGACAUAAUAUUAAGUCGCAUCUUUCUAUUUUGCGUUUUCCUGACCAAUUCGACAUGGAUCGUUGUGGGAAAUCCCAUUUGCUACAGAACGAAACGGGAAGUGGAAAUAGCAUCGACCAACUGGACCGCGCUAGCCGACGAAUGGAUCGCAGCGAAAGCCAGAGCUGCCGAAAAGAUGGAUGUCGCUUUAUUGCCGUUCAAUGAGAGAUUCCGAGAACUACCGCCUACGGCGGAGACCUUUAUCGUUAACGGCACGAGUCCAGAACAGUUAGAACGGUUAAAUUACUCGCGGAUGCUAUGGGAUAUGGAAAUGGUCCAACCAAACGGACAUCUAUCUGGAUUUGUAGACAAAGCUCUUAAGCUGCUAGAUCUGAGACAAGUGAUGAUGGAGGUCGAAACCUCUGUGAUGUCCAAGGUUUCUUGUACUGCUUGUAAAGUCGGCGCUGGUUUGCUGCAGCACUACAUAAAAAACGGCAAGAGCGAUGAAGAGAUAAUGGCUAGCAUUUAUCAGUUCUGUGUAUCGCUCAACAUACAGAGUCCACGAGUUUGUCACGGAGUAACCAUGCUGUUUGGGGGAGAGGUGAUUUAUGUCCUAAAACAGGUGAACAUGGGUCCGACGCAGAUCUGCAGCUUCGUAAUCGGUGAUGCGUGCGAUGAUGCGUUUAACCCAUUGCAUGAAUGGGAAGUUGCCUUCCCACCAGUUAAAAAGCCACCGAUUAAGCCGCCGAUUCCGCCACAGGAAGGCGCGCCGACGUUCAAGGUCCUGCACAUUUCUGACACGCACUAUGAUCCGUAUUACCAGGAGGGUGCGAACGCAGAGUGCAACGAGCCACUCUGCUGUCGGCUAACAAACGGUUCUCCGUUGACCACCUUUGCGGCUGCCGGACGAUGGGGCGACUAUAGAAAAUGUGAUACGCCGAAAAGAACGAUUGAUCAUAUGCUCAAACACAUCGCCGAUACACAUUCGGACAUUGAUUAUAUUUUGUGGACCGGAGAUUUACCUGCUCAUGAUAUCUGGAAUCAAACGCGAGAAGAAAAUUUAAAAAUCUUGCGUGAUACGGUUGCGCAGAUGGUUGAGAUGUUUCCCGGAAUACCAAUUUUUCCGGCUUUAGGAAAUCACGAGAGCGCACCAGUUAACAGCUUCCCACCACCAUUUGUGCCUGAAGAGAACAGUAUUUCCUGGUUGUAUGAUGAACUUGAUAAACACUGGCGGCAUUGGUUGCCGGCGGGUGUGUCUCAUACUGUUCGUCGCGGCGCCUUCUAUUCGGUUUUGGUUCGACCAGGUUUCAGAAUUCUUUCGGUGAACAUGAAUUACUGUAAUAAUAAAAACUGGUGGUUACUGAUCAACAGCACGGAUCCGGUCAGCGAGCUACAGUGGCUUGUGUAUGAACUGCAAGGUGCCGAAAUUAAUGGCGAGAAGGUGCACAUAAUUGGUCACAUUCCUCCCGGACAUUCCGAUUGUCUUAAAGUGUGGUCGAGAAAUUAUUAUCACAUAAUAAACCGCUAUGAAUCAACAAUCACGGCACAGUUCUUUGGACAUACACAUUACGACGAAUUCCAGAUAUUUUAUGAUACGUCAGACCUUGGUAGAGCGCUCAGCAUCGCCUACGUCGGUCCUUCGGUUUCGCCAUAUUAUGAUCUCAAUCCAGGCUAUAGAAUAUAUUACAUUGAUGGAGAUCAUUCCAAGACUACAAGAAUGGUCGUUGAUCAUGAGAGUUGGGUCAUGAAUCUAAAGGAAGCGAAUCUUUAUGAUUACCCGAUUUGGUACAAGUUGUACAGCGCGCGACAAGCCUACCAAAUGGCGUCACUUUUACCUAAGGACUGGGACUCGCUGAUUGACAAGAUGACUAAUGAGCCGGCCCUCUUUGAUCUUUACUAUAAACAUUACUACAAGAAUUCUCCGGUACGACCGGCGUGCAACGAUGAGUGUCGUAAGAGAUUACUCUGCGAUUUACGCAGUGGAAGAAGCCAUGAUCGAAAGGCGUUAUGUCAGAGUUUGGAAGCGAGGAUCGACGACGAAACAAGAACGGGCUGGCGUGCGUGGAUUUAUAAAGGACUGGCACUAUCAAUGUCCGUGGUUAUGGCCAUACCCAGGUUUGCAUAUAAUUUACCAAAAUACGUCCUAGGAUUGGGUUAGAACAA